ACAAAAGACUUCCAGUGGUUUCCUCUUCCCCCAUCCGGUUCAUUGUCGAAACCGUAUUGCAACGCCGUAAUGGCAGAGCUACACAAGUAUUUGCACGCUGCAGUACCGACUCCGGUGAUGGACGACGGAGUAGUGGUUGUUGACCUUCGCGAGUAUAUUGCGAAGAUGGACCACGAGUACGCAAUGCAACUGUACGAUGACAUCGACGGGCCGUUACUUUACAUUCGCAUUCAGAUCGGGAAGGCGACCUGCAGCGCCUUGAUCGAUUGUGAACAUCUUUGUAAUUCCACUAGUCCACCUGUGAAUUGUAUAUUGAAGCCGCAAGGAGUCGUCCGUCUACCUGUGUGCAAUGGUGUAGCGGACAAGCAACCUUGCCACAUGGUUAUCCUCGUGCACGUGCCUGUCUCAUCAGUGACCAUGACCUUGAAGACGGACACAGUUGAACGCACCAUCGCAACAUUUCUUGGUAGUAAGGAAGUCCAAGAAGCAUCUAUUGAGCUGGUUAAGCAAGGGGAAAUGUCUAUUUGGUUCACUAAUUCUGCUGCGGAUGUUAUUGUUAAGAGAAUUGACUUCAUAGCCCCAAGUAUCUUUCACAUGCUUAAUCCAGGAGAUCAAGUAUUGUUAAUUCAGAUUACUCACUCGGAUAAAAAGGGUGUUUUUUUUGCGGCUUCAUGGCAGCAAAGCAUGGACGUGUACUGGUUGCUAAGGUGCGGUGGAAGUUGUCCUCAAAACCUAACAGUGAACGGCUGGGAUGUUUUUCAGUAUCAACGUCGAGAUGUGGAGAAUGGAAACAUCACAUAUAUAGGCCGGAGUAGAACCAGGAGUAAUGGUACAAGCGUUGAGUUGCCAGAAGGAGACUGGGGAGCUUACCAGAUGGUAUUCUUAAAUACCUGUGGUUCUGCGUCCUGUGAUUUAUGCAUGGACCUAAAUCCGGCUGCAACAUUAUUUAUGAAGGUCUUCGGACUCCUACUUAAUGACACUGCGGACGAUUUCAAUCCCUGCUUCUUGUCCCCUGUUUUGCAAUCUACCAAGUGCGAAAUAAGCAAUUAUACUGGAGGUCAAUGUUUACGGCUGUCAGAAUUGAAUAUGUCAUCGUUGAACAUCAGCAUUUCACUUUCAUCUCCCUUGCAACCCAUUCGCUCCUUAGAAAAACUGUGAGUACAAAGUCAGUGACUAUGAUUUCUCCAUUUUCGAGUUUUGCAUGUUGAUGUCAAUUUUAAUUGUUUGGUGUCUUCACUGUCUAGGAAACCAGGCCAAGUGCCUGGGCUCACUCUGGCUGGCCGGAGUACAAAGUCUGUGCACUAUGAUGCAAGGUCCUGGGUAAGGUACCAGCCAAGUCACGAAACAGCUCCCUCACAAAAUUGAAAUUCGGAUCUCAGGGUCAGAGGGUCUGGCCAAGAAAGGCCGAGUUAGUCAAAUUCAGAAAAGUCACAGUCGGGUACCUCAGCAGUCCAGUCCAACGGGCACCCAGCAAACAGUCACAUCUUAGGGGCAAGAAUCACGUUUCAUAAUGAAAAGUCAUAUUAAAG